CAAGGCGAAGGUUGUGAUUGAGUCGAGUCUUUGGGUCUGGAAUCAUACAGCAGCUAGUUCAACUAAAGUAUAUAUACAUAUAUAUAUAAAGUCAGACAACACUUUGCCAGCAUGGGUUUCGUCUUGGCCUGGUUGCCAACUGAUCAUUAUGUCCGUGAUAUAUUCAUCAUGACACUCACAGCGGCUUUUGUGGCCACCUUGCUGAGCAUUCGCUUCUAUUUACGCAUUACGGCGGGCCGUUGUUUCACUGAGACUAAAAUGGAGGGAAAAACUGUCAUCAUUACCGGGGCCAACAGCGGCAUUGGCAAGGAAACAGCCAAGGAUCUGGCUGGACGUGGAGCACGCAUCAUCAUGGCAUGCAGGAAUCUGGAAACAGCAAAUGCUGUUAAGGAUGAGAUCAUCAAGGAGACCAAUAACAGCAAAAUUCUGGUCAAGAAGCUCGAUUUGGGCUCGCAGAAAUCUGUGCGCGAAUUCGCAGCUGAUAUUGUCAAGACUGAGCCAAAGAUUGAUGUACUCAUACACAAUGCCGGCAUGGCGUUGGCCUUCCGUGGCCAGACCAGCGAGGAUGGCAUUGAGCUGACCAUGGCCACCAAUCAUUAUGGCCCAUUUUUGUUGACGCACUUGCUCAUCGAUGUGCUGAAGAAGAGCGCACCGGCACGCAUUGUCAUUGUGGCCUCGGAGCUGUAUCGCCUGGCGUCUGUUAAUCUCAAUAAGCUGAAUCCCAUCGGCACUUUUCCCGCUGCCUAUUUGUAUUAUGUGUCCAAGUUUGCCAACAUUUACUUUGCCCGCGAGCUGGCCAAGCGCAUGGAGGGCACCAAUGUUACGGUCAAUUACUUGCAUCCGGGCAUGAUAGAUUCUGGCAUUUGGCGCAAUGUGCCCUUCCCCCUCAACUUGCCCAUGAUGGCCAUCACGAAGGGUUUCUUCAAAACAACCAAAGCUGGCGCCCAGACAACCAUUUAUCUGGCGACCUCCGAUGAGGUGGCCAAUGUGUCUGGCAAGUAUUUCAUGGACUGCAAGGAGGCGACCUUGAAUGCAGCUGCUAUGGAUAUGGAGAAGGCGCGCCAAAUUUGGGAAGAAUCCGUUAAGAUGGUCAAGCUGACGCCACAGGAUCCGAAAAUCUAAAAGACGCUCCGAAAAAUUAUCUCUUUUUUAUAUAAUUUGACUAACUAUAUUGUGCAUCAUUGGGGGAGUAUACCGUAUAUCGUAAGCUUAAGUUUUUCACGUAAAUGAAUAAAAUACCUUUUAUAA